AUGUCGGAAGAAAACUCAGUCAUGGUACUAGGAGAAACGAGUGCUAAGGUGGCUCCGUCCUUCACGGGUGGGGAAAGGCAAGACCCAUCAAAAUUUCUAGAAGAAUUUAAUGAAGCAGCGUCUUGGAACAAUUGGGUUUCUAGGGAUAGGAGAAAGGAACUAUUCUUUUAUUGUCUCUCUGGGUAUGCCAAGGAAUGGUUUCUAAACACAUUCGAUCGAAGUGAGGCGGCCCAUAGUAAUAUCAAGUUUUAUAAUGGUAUUGAAGAAAGCAUGGUUGGCCUAUUCACCAAGAAAUUCAUUACCGCGGAAUGGUUUGAAAAGUACGAGGAUCGCAUACAAGCAACUACGGAAACACCUUGGGAGUACAUGAAUGCAAAAAGGGCGUUGCAUCGCAAGUUGGGUCAAGAAGUCAAAGAUGAACACUCUGAAAAAUCUAUUGUUAAGGAUAUCAGAAACGGUCAUCUUCCUGGAGUGAGAAAGUUCUGUGAACAUAUGGAAAUGAAUCCAUACAAUAACAUCAAUCGUGCGAAGGUGGAUAAGGUUCAGGAAUUACAACAAGUAAAUAUGAUUUUGAAACACAAUGAAAACGCUGGUGCCAGAUCGUAUGCAGGAGUCAAGGUUUCAUCAGAGGGUUACACUGAACGCCAGGAUGAUUGCGUUGAUCUAAUGGAACGUCGGGAUGAAAGUAGUGUUGCUGCUGGAAAGAAGGUGGAGGAGACUGGUGAUCAGGAGUUAUGUUACAAUUGCAAAGGUGUGGGUCAUAUUUCGAAAGAUUGCCAAGUGUUGUUAGGUGUGGUGGAGCGUAAAAUUACAAUUCCUAACUCAGUCCAAGCAGGUCCUUCGUCGUCACCGGUAUCGGUGUUCUAUUCAGGAACUUCAUAUCCCAAGGAAGUCAUUGUGAUUAAUGCCAGAAGUUCGUCGUCAAGACAACAGAAGUCGUCGGAGGAGGUGAAGGCGGUUCUUUUGGAGAACUUGAGGAAGGCUCGCGAGGCUAAGGCAAGAUAUAGGCAAGAAGAUGAACUCGCAAGGAAGAGAGGUGAGGUUCCACCUUCGGUGUUGAGAAAGGUCGCAACAGGUAUGCCAAUCAUGAUGGACUCCGAGCAACAUAUACAGCCCUUUGACAUGAAGCAAGGUCUCUGGAAUAGCAUCGUAUUCAUUUCGUUACCACAGCUGCGUUACCACUCACCAAAGCUAUAUCAUGAAACUUUGGGGCAUCUGGGUGCUCAAUCAAGUGUGGUCAAGAAAAGGUCCAAUGAGUCAAGAUCGUCUGAUAACAUGGAGGUGGAUGACACCAAGGAGUGGGUGGCGUCGGUCAAUCAUGUAACGGUGAUAGAUACGACGGUGCUGGAUAUAGAACCAACUCUACAAUCCUUGUUGUGUAUGAUUGGUGAAACUCCUUUGGAGUUUUUGAUUGCUGGUGGUGCGAUUGUAUCGGUUAUUGCGUUGAAAGUGGUAGACGAAUUGGGGUUCAAGUCACAAGUCAGGCCUACCAACCGUACUCUGCGUUUUGGGGAUGGUGAAGUUGAAGCUGCUGUGGGUUUGGUCACGCUCAAACUCAUUCUUUCUGAGGAAAUUGGGUGUCAGGAGCGGGGCGGCGCAAGAGCAGAACAGAUCAAUUAUUAA